AUGCAGUGGAUGGCAUGUGCCGAGCCAACAUGUCCCCAGAGCUGGCCAUGCCAAUCCUGCAAAAGGCGCAUGCUGCAAUGGCGAUCAUUUUCAUGGCAUGCAUCUUCUUUGAAGCUGCAGGCGCCGUUAAGCAGAAGCUGCCAUGAGAAAUGGAGUGCUGACACUGCUGAAUGUGCAGAAUGUGCUGAAUGUGCUGAAUGUGCUGAAGUUCACGACUCCAGGGCCUUUGGCUCAAGCCUGUCCACUUGUCUGGGGAUCUAUGUAGCUAUAUAUGUAGCUGCUGUAGCUAUAAUCAGGCCUUUCAUGGAGACCGACCCGACUCGACAUGACAAGAGGGUCAGUUUGAAGAGUAAGUCGAGCAAGGCGAGCAGAAAGAGCGUGCUUUCUCUGAAGCGUAAAGGAUCGCAGAUAACACUGCAGGUCAGGAGACGGGCGGAUCGGUCACAGCCACUGACGGCACAACGGCUCCCAGAGAUCAUUAAUGAGAUUGGCAUGGGCUGGUACCACCUAUUAACCUUCAUCAUGCUGGUUUUCACACCUCUUGCUGAAGGCGCCGGGAUGAUAGUCAUGACCAACAUCACCCACGCCUUGAAGCAUGAAUUUCAUUUGACUGAUUGGCAAGCUGGCAGCUUGGAUGCCUUCUCUUUCACGGGGCUGGCCUUGGGGCAUUAUGUGGCUGGCUUCGUUGCAGACCUGAAGGGAAGACGGCUACCCAUGGUUCUGGGGUACUUGGGCAUCAGCCUUUGCAGCCUCUUCAUGACGAUGGCGUCUGGGUACAAGUCGAUGGUCUUGCUAAGGGUUUUACACGGCUUUUCCUGCGGUCUGGGCGUGCCGCCUGCCAUGUCCAUGAUCGCGGAGAUCAUGCCCGCGGAUUGGCGGCCCUUCAUGUUCAUCACCUUCUGGAGCUUCACGGCCGUCGGGGAGACCUACGCCUGCUCCGGCCUGGUCGCCUUCAUGCCGAAUUUACAAGAAUCCUGCUGGAAACAGGCGGUGAUGUGGUCCGCCGCGCCUGCCUUCAUUAUGCUGCUUCUCUCCGUGGCAAGACUGCAAGAGAGUGCUCACUGGCUGGCAGUGAGGGGCCGACUUGUGGAGGCAAGGGUUGUCCUGGAGCAAAUGGCGAGGCUGAAUGGGAACCUGGAAACCCUGAAGAAGCUGGGGCCAGCCCCAAUGCACGACCUAUCCAUGCUCUACAACGUGGCGGGCAUCACUGCGCGGCAGACUAGUGGGCAGACGUCCGAUGAACAUGGGCACGCAUCUCCAGGAGAGAUUUUCAGGAUCCUGGUUCAACCUGAUCUUUUAAAGAUGGUUGCCUUGUUCUCUAUUUUGGCGAGUGUGGGCAAUAUCGCGACAUUUGGGAUGAGCAAUAUUUGGCCUGAGCUUCUCCGCGAGAGCAGCCAUUCGGCCCAUGCGGCCCAUGAUUCGGAUUCGGAGUCGGCCCAUGGUUUGGGCCCUGCAGAGAAGCUGACCUUGAUCGUGAGCGUGGGCGUGCCAGUUGGAGUCGUCGCCGCAUUGCUCUCACUCUCCAAAGCCGCCUCCCACCGGGCCUUCAUUGUUCUGUCUGGCCUUGCUGGCUGCAUUGGAGUGUCAGGUGUCAUUCUGUGCCAACACAUGCCGGCCCUGCUCCUCACCAGCAUGCUGGUCACGCACAUGUCUGGGACCUUGGGAUACUCCGUGGCAAUGAUCUUUUGCGAAGAGUCCUUUCCAACAGACAUCCGCGCAUCUGCAACCGGCAUUGUCAUUUUCUGGGGCACACUUUGGGCAGUGGCUUCGCCCUUGCUGCUCACUGCUGUGGGGCAAGGCGGAUUUCUGGUGAUUGCUGGCGCGGCUUUUGGCGUUGCAUCAUUGGCAGCUCUGCCUCUGCAAGAAACACGCGGCGGGGAACUCAAAGAUUUUGCGGAAGAGGCGGCAGUAGAGGCGGAAGAGGCGGAAGAAUACGACUCCGACAGCGACGACGAGAGCGACGCUGAAGUGGAGCAUGCCCAGCUUUCGUGGGCAUUUGCCAACGGCACCCUUGGUGCUGCUAUUGAGCUGUCUUUGCUUUCCGGGCUGCUGGGGGCAGUACCUGGUGUUUCCUUUACUUCCUUCUACUGCUCCAUGGGCUUCAUCAUCGAUCGAUGCAAAGACCGCAGCUUCUUCGCCAAGGAGAUGCUGGUCGGGAACUGCGUUGCCGUGGCUAUGCUGGUGAUCAUGCCGCGACUUGGUCCUUGGAUGGAUCGGAAGCUGCAGAUUCACAAGUCCAUGUUUGUCCGCCUGGUUGUGAGCGCCUUCAUGCUUGCAGUGGUGGACUUGAUGAUGGCAUUCCCAGAGGACGAGUUCAGCAUGCUGACGCUGGGCUGCAUCCAAGCCUUCCUGAAUGUGAUGAUGCUGAACACCAGCUUGUCACUGGCUUCCAAGCUCAGGAGCGGGCGAGGACGGAGCUGGGUGCAGCUGGGCUUUGUGAGCGGGGGGCUGGUGCCGGUGGUCCUGGUGCCCUUUACGAAUUUCGGGCCGCGGAGUGGCCUCGGCCAACGCCUCGCCUUCUACGCGGCCCCCGCUGCCUUCUGCGGCCUUGCAGGGCUUCUCUUCUGGGCCUACCACCGCCAAGUGGAGCUCAUGGGCAACGCGAACACGGGCAGGGGCAACAUGGCCGAGCUGGCGCGGGCCUACAGAGACUUCGGCAACGAGGGACAAGUGGCACAAGCACAAGUGGCGCAA